UAAAGUUUAAGGACUAUAAAUUAAAGUAAAAGCAAAACAGUGGAGCCGUUUGUGAAAAGAACGAUGAAAGUUUUCAAAAAGAAAAUGCGUUUCUCUAUAGCUUUCUAUAAACUGUAAUUUAGUACAUUCUGUGUUUAUAGUCGUAGUAGUUUUGUGUAUUAGCAGCGACAUUGGAGGCUUGAUAUAAGAUUCUCCAAAAUGUAUCUACAAAUAAGUAGAACCUGCCUGGUGGUGGCGGCACUAAUUUUAUGUGUUCCAGUAAUCAACAGCCAGACAACUGUGGAAGAUAUAGAAACUACAACACUAGAACAAACUACGGAACAUUUAGAAACUACCACAGAAUUUACAGAACACGCAAUAGUAAAAGAAAAUACUCUAAAUUCUUAUAAUGUUAGGCAAUCACGAAGUCAAAGCAGUGAAAACGUAGACAAUGUAGCAUUAGAAAAAGAGCAGGCUGCAUCACAAGAAACAGUCAACACUAAAACAGUCAAUAUUGACGCAAAGAAACCAGAAAGCGCUUCAAAACUAGUUUUAUCUCCAGAACUUAAUCCAUUAAACGUAAACAAGAUAGCAAAAACAGUCCUAAGACAAUCGACAAAACAUAUGGUAAAAGAAUUAAAUGAUGAAGACUUGCAAAAGGUAAAAAAGGUUAUAAAGAAAUCCGAACAAAAAGCGCACGUUAAAUAUGACGAAGCGACGGGUGAAUUGAUUGAUGGGCCUCACCCGUGCCAAAGAGAGUGUAAAGAAGGAGAGGAACCGAUGAUCUGCUACUAUAUGUUCCAUCUAGAAUGGUACCAGACUAUGAGCAAGGCUUGCUUUGACUGUCCUUUCAACGAAACGGAUUGUCAGAGACUCGAUUGUAUUCCGGCAGAUGGCAUGAACAGACCUCUCAACGUAAUUAAUAGGAAGAUGCCAGGACCCGCUAUAGAGGUAUGCCAACAUGACAGAGUCAUAGUAGACGUGGAGAACGAUCUGAUGACGGAGGGCACAACGGUACAUUGGCACGGUCAGCACCAACGCGGCACGCCUUACAUGGAUGGAACACCUUACGUCACCCAAUGUCCUAUUCUACCUGAUACUACCUUCAGGUACCAAUUCAACGCGUCGCACGAUGGCACACAUUUCUGGCACUCCCACUCUGGCAUGCAGCGAGCGGAUGGCGCCGCGGGCGCCUUCAUCAUCAGGCGGCCGAAGUCCCAGGAUCCACAUGGGGCUCUGUAUGAUUAUGAUAGAUCAGAGCACGUAAUGAUAGUAACGGACUGGAUCCACGAGCUGACCGUGGGCAUGUUCACGGACCACCACCACUCUAAGGGGGACAACAAGCCCCCCACCCUGCUCAUCAACGGCGUGGGACGGUUCAAGGUGUUCAACGAGACCGUUAAACCGUUUUAUAUGAAGACGGCGAGGUUUAAUGUAGAACAGGGCUAUAAGUACCGCUUCCGCGUGAUCAACGCAGAAUUCCUGAACUGCCCCAUCGAGAUGUCGGUCGACGGACACAACAUCACCGUCAUCGCUUCUGAUGGCUACGAUCUGGAACCUAUCACUGCAACAUCACUAGUGACGUACGCUGGGGAGCGCUACGACUUCAUCUUAGAAGCCAACAACGAGAUAGACAACUACUGGAUACGGUUCCGAGGCCUCAUGGACUGCGACGAAGUAUUCACAAAAGCGAAGCAGGUAGCAGUCGUACACUACGAAGGGGCCAUGGAAUCAGAGCCCCCCGGGGACCCAACGUGGGAGGAGCUGCAUAACGAAGGAUUGCAACUGAACGCCCUAAACAAAGGAGAAGAGGAGAACGAGACCAUCAGCGUGGCAGAAAUGAGGAGUCUAUCUGGCUACGAUGACAGCCUGAAGGAGAUUCCUGACUACCAGUUCUACGUGGCUUAUGACUUCUACGCGAAGAACAACUCGCACUUUCACAAGUCGCCUUAUUAUGGAUAUUAUCAAGUGCCAGAAAAGAAAAAUCGCCUCUACACGCCUCAGCUUAACCACAUCAGCAUGAAGAUGCCAUCCAGUCCCCUCCUCAUCGACAGGCCAGAUCCCCACAACUUCUGCAACAUGUCCAGUGUCGACGACGAGUGCAGAGAGGGCUACUGUGAAUGCCCCCACGUUCUUUCCGUCAGGCUGAAUUCUGUCGUUGAGAUCGUCAUACUUGACGAAGGUAUCACUUUUGAUGCUAAUCAUCCCUUCCACUUACAUGGACAUAGCUUCAGAGUAGUAGGUUUGCGAAGAUUAGGUAAGGAUACUACUAUAGAAGAAGUCAAAGCUUGGGAUGAAGCAGGUCUUCUAAAACGUAAUCUCAAGAACGCACCUAUAAAAGAUACCGUCACAGUACCGGACGGUGGAUACACAGUCAUCAGAUUCAAAGCAGACAAUCCAGGCUACUGGCUUUUCCAUUGUCACAUAGAGUUCCAUGUUGAAAUAGGUAUGGCGCUAGUUUUCAAAGUAGGAGAACAUAAAGAUAUGCCUCCUGUACCGAGGAACUUCCCUAGAUGUGGAAACUAUAUGCCUGACAAUAUGAUCGAACAUGAUACAACUCCAAAACCUAAUGAUGAUAAUCAUAUAUCCAUAACGCAAUGGUGGCCAGUCAUAUAUAUGAACGGAACCACUUCGUCUGCAACAAGCAUAUUGAGCAGUUUAACAACGAUUUUAAUCAGUUCGGGAUUUCUAUUUUUUAAAUUUUAUUUAAGGUAAGUUAUAACAGUAUUAUGUAAGGCAACAGUGCAAUGUAUACUAUGUAAAGCUUAUAUGACUUUUAAAAACGAAUUUGUACUUACUGAAUUUAUGUUUUAUAGAAGCCCUAUUAUGAAGUGUUACUUCUUAACGGCUUAUGUUACGUUUUACAGUACUUACAAAUAUUUAUUGUAUACUACAGUUUAAGGAACUUGACGUAUGUAGUUUUAAGUAUGUCCACACUAGUUU